UUACACGAAGAUCAACGUGGCCCUCCUAUCCAACUCGACAGUGUCGUUGUCCUUUCCGAAAGACCUGGACACCCAGGCCAACUUCUGAUUGGAUAUGCCCAAGGCCUAAGCCUUCUAUAUGACUUACGUGGUGAACGUCUGUUAGCUGUUCUACCUUGGAACAAUGGGCUUGAAGCCGCGGCCUGGUGUGGCGGCUCUGGCUUCCCAUGCUACCCAGGCACGCCAGGUGCCGGGGCAAGCCAAUUAGGUGGCCGACUGCUCACUGCCCAUUCGGACGGCUCUCUGGGAGUUUGGCGACUCAGGGGCAUAGCAGCUAGUUCCGGGACCAGUGGUAGCGCAAUCGCAAGCAAUAUCCUUGGCGUGGAUAAGCUCACUAUUGCUAACCUUCCUCCACCUAGGCUACAAAUGGAAGAAGCCCCGAGCAUGCCCUAUGGUAGUUAA